AUGGGCAUGCCGAUUUCUACGAUUUCUACUAUUACGCCCAAAAAGGAGGAGGGUUUGGACAUGGAGGAGCCCCGGCGAUGGUGCAAGGAGGAUGGAGACCCCGAAGAAGAGACUUGGUGGGACUCUAGACCAGUAUACACCGAGUCGUUUGUGGCUCUUGGCCCCGGCGAUGGCACCAAAGGCGCAACGGAUGCUCAGCGCCAGCAGGUCGUUGCGCCCAUCCAUGCUGCUCGAAAACAAAACGAAACGCUAGCGCUGAACACUUCUUCACCAAAAGUCGAGCACUCUGAGAUGCGGGGCACUCCUAGCGUCGUGUUUGCGAGCCGUCGUACCAUCACAGAAGAGGAACUGGCGGGCGUCACUCUGGAUACCUUUGCAGACGAGGAAGAUGAGGAUGAUUUCGAACUCGACUGGGACGAGGACGAGUACAGCACGAUGGACGUAGCAGAAUGCGUCUCGGAAGCAUCGACGCCCAUGCCCUCGACGCCCAUCGUCCCAACACGCACUCUGUCGCUUCCGGUUGCCGUUCCAUCGACUCCGCGUCGCCGCCAGACGAUGCCGAUUUCCCCUUCGUCUGUCACUUUGCGCUCCGGCAGCUUCCAGGCGUCUCCCAAGUUUUCUACAACGCCCGUGAGCCCACCCAUUGCCCGCUCCGUCACUCGUGCUCGCGGCUUCGCUCUUCCUAGCCCACGCACAGAGCUCGUCCUCUAA